GAUUCUGUAUCUCUGAUGUUAAAGAUAAGAGGAUCCCGACACGCCGUUCGCGCGUUCAAUCGAUCAGUCGUUCUGUCGAAAGCAUCAGGAUCGGCGAUCAUGUCGAGCGAGCUGGACAUCAGGAAUUACUUUGAGUUUGCCAAAGAGUUAAUCUUGAAAGCAGGCGAAGUAUUUAAAUGCGGUUUUGAAGGAGAGAAAAUUGUAGAAACUAAAGGUCAUGAAUGGGACCUUGUUACAGAUUAUGAUAAAAAAAUUGAAGAUAUAUUGAUCAAAAGUCUGAAAGAAAAAUUUCCAGACCAUGAAUUCAUUGGAGAAGAGACUACGGCUAGCGUUAAAAAUGAGCCAGUGUUAACAGACAAACCUACGUGGCUCAUAGAUCCUAUAGAUGGAACUAUAAAUUAUAUAAAUGCAAAUCCGAACACCUGUAUUUCCGUCGCCCUAGCAGUUUGCAAGAAAAUCGUAAUAGGAAUUAUUUAUAAUCCAAUCACUUCAGAACUGUAUACCGCGAUUAAAGGACACGGCGCAUUUCUAAACGACAAACCUAUUAAAACUUCACGCAAUACUGAACUAAGAAAGUCUUUGAUAGAGCUCGAGUUAUUCUCGCUUCGCAUUCCUUCAAAAAACCGAGAUAUCAGAUGGGGGAGAUUUGAAGCUCUUCUUAAUGCUUCACAAGGAGUUAGAUUUUUGGGAUCAGCUGCGAUGGCUCUAGCAUACGUAGCAAGAGGCGCGAUAGACUGCUUUCAAAUGGAUCAUCUUCAACCUUGGGACGUAGCAGCGGGAGUGCUGAUUAUUUGUGAAGCAGGCGGCACGGUAAUUGACACUAAAGACGAGGAAUAUAAUGUGAUGAAACCAAAAACAAUUGCUGCAGCAAAUGAAACAUUAGCGGUGGAAAUAAAGCAACUGAUCACUGAUACUGAUCUGAAAAUAAUGAGAAAGAGAUUGACCAGGACGUGAUCAAAUUCUAAAUGGAGAAUCAGCUCGAUUAUUAUAUCCUAGUUAUUAUGUACUGAAUAAAAGUAUUAUUAUAUUCUUAA